AUGCCUGCGGAAAACUUGCCUAGCGAGCUGCAUUUGUCACACAACCGCAUCACUUUGAGCGGUUUUCACGAUUUGGUGCAGGCAAUUGAGUCGAAAUGGCGCCAACUUUCAAGACCUCCAGUGUGGCUUCGUGUCGAGGGGAAUGGUGUGGACGAUUCUGCCAUUUGUGCUCUUGUUACAGCCGGCCGGGCCGUUCUAGCGGCUAGCCUGAGAGCUCCUGAGCGCCAGAGCGGCAAGGUGCCUUUGUCAUUUCCAUCUUUUCAUGGAAAGUCUUUGCAGCUUCACGAUGCACCGUUCCAGCUGAAGCCAUUCCAGCGUCAAAAUGAAAUGUUUGGUGGGUCCAAUGCAAAAACACAUGCCAACUGCCCCAGCAACCUCCCAAUGUCGAAUGCUGCUCUCCUCGCCAGUGACUUCCAGGCAAGCAGCGCCUCAGGAGUCAGCAUGCAGAGCACCCCUUGCAAUGUGCAGUCUGCUCAUGUGUUCCCUCCACUCCCACCUUUGCCAUCUGAUGGCCACGGACCCCCCACAAUGCAUUCGAGUCCUUCAAGCUGGGCAGCCCACGGACCCAAUGAAAUGACCAUCACAGCAAUCUCUCAAAGCCAUCGAAGUCAUGACAUGCCCUUCUCGCACCCAAGCCGCGGGGGCUCUGCGGGCCAAAUGCAGCACUUCGCACCCAUAAACUCUGGGCUUGGAAGCCCCCAGCCUCCUGCCAUGCAGGCCAAUCAUGGUAGCUGGGGUUGCAAUGGGGUAGGGUGUGGGGUGUUUGGCAACUGUGGCUGUGGUGGAUGUGCUGGUGCCUUCAGUCCACCAUUUGGAGGCCAGCAAGGGCAGCAAAUGCAACCCGCGCAAGAUCAGUUGUCAUUUAUGCAGCAGAGCCAGAUGCAACUUAUGCAAUCACUCCCAACGCAGGAGUUCCAAAGCAUGCGAGGUCACACACAUCUGCAGCCAGUGCAGCCAAUGCAUGCCACUGGACACCCCCAGCUUCAAAGCCCUACUCAAAGCUUCACAGGCCCUCAACUUUCCGCACAACCAGCCUUUCAGCAUCCCUUCGAACAUCCCACACCCACGGAGCAACAUUCUCAGCGAUUGGUUGGCUCACGUGGACGUUCUCGCAGCCCGCGCCACGGCGUGGAAUCAAGAAGUGCACCUCAAUCUGGCGGUGAGCUUGUGUGA